AUGGUAGCAUUACACAUGCUAACAUCACUCCUUCCCUCUUCUCUCCCAGCUGCUGCUUUUGGCGCCUUCCUAGUCCUAUGUGUUGGUUUUUCUCUCUUUGCAGUUACCUUGGCUGAAGACCCGUACAGGUUCUUCAACUGGAAUGUCACUUAUGGUGAUAUUUACCCCCUUGGAGUUCGCCAAAGGGGAAUACUUAUCAAUGGGCAAUUUCCCGGUCCAGACAUUCAUUCAGUUACCAAUGACAAUCUCAUCAUCAAUGUCUUCAACAGCUUGGAUGAGCCUUUUCUCCUUUCCUGGAAUGGGAUCCAGCAGAGAAGGAACUCAUUUGAAGAUGGAGUGUUGGGAACAACAUGCCCAAUCCCACCAGGGAGGAACUUCACAUACAUUCUACAAGUGAAGGAUCAGAUUGGAAGCUUCUAUUACUUCCCAUCUCUUAAUUUUCAUAAAGCAGCUGGUGGUUUUGGAGGAAUUAGGAUCCUAAGCAGGCCUAGAAUUCCAGUUCCAUUCCCUGAUCCAGAUGGUGAUUACACUGUUCUCAUUGGAGAUUGGUACAAAUCCAACCACACUACGUUGAAAGCUCAUCUUGAUAGAGGUAAGAAGUUGCCUUUACCUGAUGGCAUUCUCAUAAAUGGUCGUGGGCCUAACGGAGCAUAUCUCAACGUCGAACAAGGAAAGACUUACAGGCUUAGAAUAUCAAACGUGGGGUUGCAACAUUCGCUUAACUUUCGCAUACAGAACCACAAAUUGAAGCUGGUAGAAGUGGAAGGAACACACAGCCUACAAACCACAUACUCCUCCCUUGACGUUCAUGUGGGACAAUCUUAUUCGGUUCUAGUUACUGCAGACCAACCAGCACAUGACUAUUACAUUGUUGUUUCCACUCGAUUCAACUACAAGAUCCUCACCACCACUGGAGUUCUUCACUAUAGCAAUUCUGGGGGCCAAGUUUCCGGUCCAAUCCCUGGUGGACCUACCAUCCAAAUUGAUUGGUCUUUGAACCAGGCCCGCUCCAUAAGGACUAACCUUACGGCAAGUGGACCAAGGCCGAACCCUCAAGGAUCAUACCAUUACGGUUUGAUAAACACAACCAAGACCAUAAUUCUGGCAAGUUCAGCUGGUCAAGUGAACCGCAAGCAGAGAUAUGCAAUCAACAGCGUGUCCUAUGUUGCUCCAGACACUCCUCUUAAACUCGCCGACUACUUCAAGAUCUCGGGUGUUUUCCGUGCUGGAAGCAUCUCUGACAGACCCUAUGGUGGUGGCAUAUACCUUGAUACCUCUGUAUUGCAAGCUGAUUAUAGAUCCUUCGUUGAGAUUGUCUUCCAAAACAAUGAGAAUAUUGUUCAGAGCUAUCAUCUUGAUGGCUACUCUUUCUUUGUGGUUGGUAUGGAUGGAGGACAGUGGACAACUGCUAGCAGGAACAGUUACAAUCUUAGGGAUGCAAUUGCACGUUGCACAACACAGGUAUAUCCUUAUUCAUGGACGGCUAUAUAUGUUGCACUUGACAAUGUGGGAAUGUGGAACUUGAGGUCUGAGUUUUGGGCACGACAAUAUCUUGGUCAACAGUUUUACUUGCGCGUUUACACAGAUUCAACCUCAAUUAGGGACGAAUUUCCAGUUCCAAAGAAUGCACUUCUUUGUGGUAAGGCAAGUGGAAGACACACACGUCCCCUUUGAGCUAGCAAGGAUUAUUUGAUGGAUCCAUCCAAGUAUCCAAGGCAUUCUAGCUUUAGAAUAUAAAGAGUAGCUAAAUUAUGUGCUGCUAAUUUUAUUGUUUUGAGUGCUUUCACCUUUUUAUGCUAUGCUCUGCUGGAAUGUUUGAACAUGUGUAAUUUUAUCUUUGUAUGACCCCAGCUCGAGGUCACAUUCUUUCCCAGGAAAAAGAAAGAGAGAGAGAAAGAGAGAAAGAGAGAGAGAGAGAAGCUAUAUAUUAUAUAUUUUUAUUCCCUUUGUAUUAUCUCGAUUUUUACUAGCAUUAAAAGUAAGGUUAUGCAGAUUGCAGCAA